GUACCUUGUACGUUCAAAAAUUACGUGAAGAUAAAGCAAACAUCUUUAAAUAGAGCUGUCUGCACCAGAGUAUCUAUGUUUGGGACAGGUUUGAGUGGGUAUAAAUAUCUUUGUGUUUUACCACCUGACGGACUGUCAAAUAAAUUUCAAGGUGCGAAAUGACUGUGAUAUGCCGUGCGGUUGAUGGACAUAAGGCUCAAUCGCGACACAAAAAGACCGGUUUUUAAAAUGAUGGCAUCAGCACAAUAAUUCUUAACAUGAGCCGAAAGGAUAGUGUGUUAUAAUGCAGAAACAACAAGAAUUGUCAUCAAGUUAUUAUGUGGAGACAUCGAGGGUUGUCGUCAGAACCCAGCUGUGAAAGCGUAACUAACAAGUACCAAAACAACCCAUGUGAAGAUGAAUGGUCAGAAAUUCAGCAAAGAUUUGAGAAAGAAGGUCUUGACUUUGAGAACCUUGGGCCUGAAGAAAGGCUGCUCCAUGUAUGGCGAUGGCUUGUGGACGCAGAGAGCAACCUUCGGAGUACCAGACGACAGCUGGACAAGCUCCGUGACUUACGGAGUGAAGAGAUGGAGGAGAUGGAAAACUACAUUGGCCACAUUAGAGAUCUGGCAGAAAAACGUGCAGAUCAUCUGGAGAAUGAAACAAUAACAUUGCGGUCAAAACUGGAAUCGUCCCAAGAGCAAGCUGCUACUCUAGCUUCACUUUUGGAAAAAAGUGGCUUGCAGUGCAUUGCAGAUGACAGUUUAGGAGAACAGGUUGCUUUCCUAAUAGCUGACCGUGCAAAGCUCAUGGAAGAAAUAGAAGUUUUAAAAAAACUUGGAUUUUCUAAUGAUGUCAAUGGAGUUAGUAAGGAUGGAGACCUUUUGUCUGAAAUAAUAAAAGUAUCAUCAGAGAAAGAAGUGUUGCGCAGGGAAGUAAAUGAGAUGUGUGAUCGUGUGCAGUUGUUGGAGAAAGCUUCAAGACAACUAGAGCUGGACAAUGAAAGACUUGCUUUUAAGUUAUCUGAAGCAUUGGCAGAACUUGAAGAAAGAGAAGCUCAAUUGAAACAUUUAGUAAAUGGUGGUGAACAAACAAUGCAAUCAGCAAUUAACCUGUUAUGGCCAGCUUUCAAACCUGGGGACUCACCACACCCUCCUCCCAGAAGAAGCUUCUCUCUGCAGCCACAAGGAGAUUCACCAAAGGGUAGCUUGAAAAAGGGAAGUUCUCCAAGAAAUAGCUUCUCCAAAAUGUACAGUGACCCACAGAAGCUGCACCCUCAUAGAUCUGUGAGUCCAGUUAAUGGACCAGAAAACCAAAACCAAGAAAAGGCUUCAAGAGAAGAAGGUCAACGGGAAGAAACAGGAACACAAACUGAGAAUGAAGUGCUGGACAACAAGGAGUCAGAAAUUCAGAAAUCUCUUUCAUUAGGUGACAAAGAUGUUGAAAUGAGGUCACAGAGUUUUGGAGCCGAUUCCACUCCUCCAAGUUUAAUGAUGAGUGAGUUCAGCUGUGGCUCACCCAAGAAAUUAGCAGGUCUAUUGGAUUCACAAAUGGCUACCUCAAGAGGAGAAUUAAUGAGGCUCGAAGAAAUAAAGAAAUUGCAGGCAGAGUGUGAAAAUUUGAGGGCUCAGUUGGCUACUGUUACAGAAAAGUACAAUGCUUUAGCAUUGCGUCAUAUACAGUACAAAGCUAAGCGUAAAGCUCAAAUAGAUGAAUUAAGGAGUAGAUUUGACGCAGAACUGAGUUCCCUCCAGUGUCAAGUGGAGAAUUUGCAAUCACAGUUAUCAGUCCAGAAGAAAAUGUUGUCCACAGAAGAGAGUUUGAGAUCAAGAGUUGAAACUGAUUACAGGCAAAUACAGGAGGAGAAACGAGCAUUAAUGGUGAAUGCUAUGCAUCUGGAAACUGCAAUGCGAGAAAAAGAACGAGAGAUUACUGCUCUGGGUAAGAAGAUACUGCUUUUGGAAAAUGCAAACUCUGACCUUCUGGCAAAAGUUUUACAACUGAAGUAUUCCACUGUACGCCAAAUUCCAAAAAACCAAUCGGCAAUGCCAAAGAGCAAUAGUGUUGAAGGUGUGUUGAUGGACUUGGGUAGUGUGUGAUGCAUGCUAUUUGUCACAUUAUUUCAUGGUACUUAAGCAUUUUAGGAAAGAGUUCUCAUCACAGAUCAAUUCUGUUCAAAAGAAGUAAGUAACAUCUUUAACACAUUCUAGUAUUUUUAACAUUUACCUCAAAAAUGUAUACCUCCACACAUUUUAAAACUUUUAUGUAUAUUUUUCAAGAUAUGUGUUCAAUCUUUUGUCGAAAUAAUAUAUAUUUUAAUAGCUCCGAAAACCAAAGACUUGCUUUACCUAUGUUGUCUUUGUUAUCUUGUGUUAAUCACCCUGAACUAUCUAAAAAUCAUAUGUGUUUUACUCAAAGAUAGCUUCUUGUACUGGUUAUGAGUAUAAUACAUAUUGAUUGUUUAUGUUGUAAGUAUUCAGUGAAUGUGAGCAUAUGUUUCUGCGUUCUGCAGUGUCUAGAAACAGGUGCACAUAGCUGUAUGCACUGUAGCAUAAGCCAUUCAUUAAUAUGUCACUUUCUUGUAAUAAUGUUACAUUUUAUUUUGGUUCCUGAAUAACUUUACAAAACCAUAAAGGAAAGGGGAUCUCAAACUUUAUGAACCCUUUGGGUAUCUCGUGCCAAACAUAAAAGUAGUAAAUUUAUAAUGUAUUUAAAAAAUGUGGUAAUCACUCUUUGUAAUCAAUUCGGUGGCUGUACAUGACAGAGAUACAUUAUCAUUUUGAACAUUAUCAAUACAUAAAACAAAUUUUCAAUUACAUGCUGAUUAGGAAUCAACAAUCAAUUUCAAAGUGAAAGUAAAAGUAAAGUUAACAUCCUAACUAGACAGGAAAUUUAUAAACUGGUGGAGUCUUAAGUAAGUCUACAGUCAAAAGGUUUUUGUUUGUGCUGACUGUAACUUUUCAUUGCCACAUUAUCAGUAAAAUGAGUAUGCAUCAGUAACAGUUUGCAGAGUUUUGAGAUGAAUAGUUUGUGGUAAAUAAAAGUGCAACUCACAUUAUAUUUUUAAAUUGUCUUUAGCCAUUUAUUGUGCUGACAGUUUUACUUCAAAAUAAUUUUGUAUGUAAUUUAAAGAUGUGUGCAUAUACUGUAAAAAGGGUUUAUUUGUUAAGUUGUGAUAGUUUUAUCCCAUGGAACAACAUACUUGUGAAAUUUUCUUCCAUAAUUUAUGUCUUCCUUAGAAUAUUUUAUCUUGGUGAAUUAUAUUUGAUAUGUUUAGAAAUGUUUGUCAUUUACUAGUGUUGGAAUUUUAUUGAUACAUGUCUAAACACUUUUUGUAACUGGUACUAAGUCUGUUAGCCGUAUAAAAUAUAUUCAACAAGUAAUGUAAUGACCCGUCUCGUGCCAAACUUUAUGUACAAUAUCUAAUUGAGUUCAAAUUAAGGUUAGGUGUAGUGAUGGGUGAUAGUAUAGCUGGAAGACAACGUCUUUAACAGUGAAUAGAUCUCAUUGAACAUUCUUUGAACAUGAUGACCACAAUCAUUGCUCAUCAUGUUUUGUUUGUGGUUAAUAUUAGUCUGCCAAUCCUGUACCUGUAUCAUUUUUGUUAUGUCUUUUGUUGGUGAAGGUAACUGUUUUGUUCACCUUUAAUAGUGCCAUUUGUUCACACAUACUGGUAUUUAUUUGCACUGCAAUAAGUGUAAUGAAAAUCUUUCUAUUCAUAUCCCAGAGACUACCUGAAUAAAACAGUGUGAUGGAACUUCCACUAACUCCAUGCUUCAUUAAAUGCUGAAACAACACUGACAACAUUUCAGAAAGUUUGCCCAUUUUCAACUUUCUGCCUAUGCACUUGUAAUGAGGAAAUGGAAUAAACUGCACCCAGUGGAUGCUUCAUUCCUGAAUUACCUUUUCAAGUAAUGGUCCAUAAUAUGCUUCUCAAAUUGAGAAAGUACAUUUAUGAGUUACACUCUUUGAAACAGGACACCAGCUUUCAUUUUAAUACAUGUAGAACAUCAUGAUUUGUGAGAUGCUUCAUGAAUUUUUUGUGAUAAAUAAUGAUACAGCUGAAAAAUUAGUCAAACUAUCACACUUAAUGAUGUAUAACAGUAAAUAAGAAGUAAAUAUUUCCUUUUCAGUACAUGUUUGAACUGUCAGGCUAUGGGAAUAGCAAUAUCUAUUAAGACCAAACAUUAGUUCCAUGUACAACAUCCAUUCUAUUAUAUCAUCCAUUGCAAUAAUGAAAAACUGUGUCAAAUGACUUUCAAUAUAAUUCCAGUGCUUGCUUAAAGUCAUUUGCAAAAAUGUGGAAAAUCUGUUAGGAUGAAGUCAGAACUAAGGUUAUUACGUACAGGUUCAAUGUUUUUCCAGUCCUCUGCAUUACAUUAUACUUGCAUACUUUCAAAGACUUCAUUCAAGUCUGUACAGUGAAUUCAAAAUUUUUUUGUAAAUAUGCAGCUAUAUUUCAUAUAAAGACAGAGCACAAAUGAGAGAUUUUGAUGACCUAUUCCUCUCAUAAUGUUAAGAAGCCUCUUAAUUUAAAUACACUAUAUUAUUUAGACAGUAUCCCAUAAAUUAUACAAUUAUUAUGAAAUUGAAGUCAAAGGAAAUAACAAAACAUUGCAGUACAGUUUCUGAAAUAAAGAAAUUAAGGUAUUGAAACAAUGGAAAAUCCAGGUUGGAAUAAUGAUAAUAUUAUGAAAAUGGUAGGCUGCUACUCACCAUAUAGAGGAAAUGUUGAGUCACAGAGAGACACAUCAAAAAGACUGCUAAACAUGUGAGCUUUUAGUCAAAAGGCCUUCUUGUAAAUCGUGCUUGUGCGCACGCGCACACACACAUACACACACACACACACACACACACACAAGCCAGAGGAUAAGAAAAUGCACCCAUUGCUAUUAAAAAUCAUUUAGUGAUCAUUUAAGGUUUUUUUACCUAUGAUGAGCUUAAAUUGUUAAUACAUCAUGUAGCAACUCAUUCGUAGAAAAAUUUGUUAAUGGUAAAACAAAACUCUGUUUGUUGCACAGCUGUUUGUUUGCAUCUCAAAUCAGAUCCUGAUCUGUAAAGUUAUCUUCAGGCAUUUACUAUCGUCAAUUACAGCUUUUUGACAGGAAACAACUAAACAAAAAUUCAAAACAAUGGAUAAUAUUAUAUUACAGUGAUAUUCAUAUAGCAUUUACAUUAAAAAAAUCCUUAAGAGGAAAUAUAUCAUACCUGACUGCAAUUAUUAACACUGGAGUAAUACACAUGGGUAUGAGCACUCAAAAUAUUUUAGGAUGAUAAGCUGAAAACCCAGCUGAAACUAUAAUGCUAUCUAUUAAUAAAAAUUAUAACAGCUACUCUCGUGUUGUUAGGGCUAGUGCCGUAAAUUUACUCUACAGUUUUUGAUCUCACAAGACAUGAAAUUUACAAUGAUAAAGACAUAAAAUAUGCAUCACAGAAGAAACUUGAACAAAGGUUAUAAUUAUAUAAAACUAAACAACACUUGAUAAAAAUCCAGCUAUAUUUACUUUACAUACUACUUGCAGCAGCAGUGGACACAGAAUAAAAAUUUGUAACUCUCAGGUUGUAACAAUAACUAAAUACUAUACACACAUAAAAUAGUUCUGUAUUAAGUAUGGUAUUUGAUUGUGUGCCCAUGGACACAAAAUUAUAGAAACUGCAGAAAGUUGGCAGCACAUUUUAUGUAGCACACCUGUCUAAUAAUGUAUUAAAUCACCUUCUUUCUUAAGACAGGGAGAUGGAAGUGACGCUUAUGUCACAUUUGCUAUGCUGUUCUCAUUAAAAGUAGGUUAUCAUGCGUAAUUCUGACUCUGCCUGUUUUGGUCCUUUUAAACUCUUCUGUCUCUAUUGUUUACUAAUGCUCAGCCUCUCAUACAUUCUUCCCCUUAUUGUUGCAUAAUGACCAUCAUUUGAAUUAUAUUUUUCUUUGUUAAACUGUCUUUAGUUGUAUAUAAUUUUGUUUACAUCUGACCAAAUGGGGUGGUAUUUUGGUAAGACAGUGGGCUCAGAUUUAGGAGAAUAAUGAUACAAAUCCCUAUUCAGAAUUCCAGAUUUAAGUUUCCCGUAAAUUAUUUUGGCAAAAUCCUAAAUAACCGUUUGUGAUCUGUCUAUCAUGACCUCAUCAUUGAUGGGACAUUAAAGCCAUAUACUCAUCCUGUUCACAUGUGCCACACUUGAUACACAUAUAUCAGUAAUAGUGUGCAUUGCAGAGGCUUUCCUUCAUAAAAUAUUACCAAUAAGAGUA